AUGACCACAGCAGUGAAAUCCACAGCCCUUGGAACAAAAGCGGCGAUGAGGAAGGGCGCCGCGGUUGGCGCCGGCACGGCUCCCGACCGGCGGCCGUCCUCGGAUGCGCGCCUACCCGGGGCCACUCUGGUCCCCGCCCCGCUGCGCCGCGUCGGAUUGCGGACCCUUGGGCGGGCAACGGUGCUGCGGCGGCGGGGGCUGGGGUUGGGGACCGUGGGGGCGGGGUCCGCGGCGGUUCUGGUCGGAGCCGUGGUCGGGCAACGCGGGAUCUGA